AGUAGGAGAGCGAGGGAGGAGUGUCAACAUGGCGUCUGAGCAGGAGAGCGCCAAUGGGCCAAUGAAGAAGUCCAUGCGUGAGAAGUCAAUCGAGAGACGCGUAGCCAACAAGGAGCACAACAGCAACUUCAAGGCAGGCUACGUCCCUAUCGAGGAGGAGCGUCUGCACAAGACGGGCCUCCGCGGGCGUAAGGGCAACAUGGCCGUCUGCGUCAUCGUGCUGCUCUUCCUCCUCGCGUUGAUUAACCUCAUUAUCACUCUGGUCAUAUGGACGGUGAUCCGCAUCGGGCCGAACGGGUGUGACAGCAUGGAGUUCCAUGAAUCAGGUCUGCUUCGUUUCAAGCAGAAAGCGGACAUGGGUGUGGUCCACCCGCUGCAUAAGAGUACCGUCGGGGGCCGCAAGGACCAGGACCUGCUCAUCGUAGGGAACAACAACCCGGUGGUAUUCCAGCAGGGCACCUCCAAGCUUAGCGUGGAAAAGGACAAGACAACAGUGGUCAGCGAUCUCGGGAUAUCCUUCACGGACCCCCGCACUCAGACCACCUUCUUCAGCACUGACUACGACAACCACGAGUUCCACCUGCCCAAAGGCGUCAAGGUGCUCAGUGUCAAGAAGGCCUCCACGGAAAGGAUCACCAGUAACGCUGCAUCAGACCUGAACAUCCGCGGGGACAGCAAAGCCAUCGUUCGCGGAAACGAAGGCGUCAACAUCAUGGGUCGCACCGUCGAGUUUAAAAUGGGCGGCGACAUCGAGCUCAGAGCCGAGAACAGCAUCGUGCUGAACGGCUCGGUCAUGUUUAACGCAACGCGCAUCCCCAAUUCGGCGGGCGAUGUGUACUUCGAUGAGGGCGUGGAGCGCUACAAGCUGUGCAUGUGUGCUGACGGGACUCUGUUCCGAGUGCAGGUGAAAUAUCCUAACAUGGGCUGCCAGACCUCAGACAACCCAUGCCGGAACACCUUCCAAGGACAGUAACCCCUACCCACCUGCAACAACAACAAGAAAAACCAUCCAGUAUUAUUCAUAUUUAUAUCCCAAAGGGUUGCACAGAGACUUUAAUUCGGCAGCUGUGUGCAUGUGUGCGAUGCGUUUACUGACAACUAAGCUAUUCGUAGGGUUUAUGGACUGCAGUCGUGCUAAAAACUCUCAACCUGUCAAUCAUUACACUGGCAACUGAAGAGACGUUUAUGUGGCAGAUAGAAAAUGUAUGUGCUGUACCCAAGCCCUGCAUUUUAUGGAAGACAGUCAAAAUAUUUGACAGGGCUCUCGUUGGUAUGAUGGGUUUAACCCUCCUGUUAUCUUCUGGGUCAAAUUGACCUCUUAUUGUUUCAAAACGUUUUUUGUUUUUUUUUUUACCCGAGAAAAAAGGGUUUCAACUUCUUUCAUUUGUAUUAUUUUUAUUUAAUCAAUUUGCCUUUGUAAAAGAAAACAAAAAACUAAGAGCGAAAUCUGAUAAAACAUCAAGUGGUAGUUGUAUUUUUUUACUGCUCUAAUUUUUUUUUUUUUUU